AAAAAGUACUUUAACUUUGCUUAAGCUCGUUUAAAGUUCGUUUUAUUGGUAUCAAACGCUUUAUGGUGAUUAUCCAACAAUAUAACAACGUUGUGGGUGUUAGUUUUGUACAGAGGCAUGUCCGGGUUGAGGCGGGGUCUCCCACCCUUCUUUCACUUUCAUCGUUUUUUUCGUCCUGUCCUGUUCAGUGUUUCUGCUAGCUCGUCUGAACUACUGUGCGUUUGGUUUUUGACUUUAAGUUUAUCUGGCAUGUUUCUCGGGACUUCCGGCCUGGAGUUUUCGUCGUUUAUGACCGUUUAAGUGACGAAGAUGUGGCCUUCAGAGACGCUAAUCGUGUGGCUCGGCUGUUUGUGUGUCCUCCUAGCUGCCGUGUCUCCUUCAGUACAUGCGGAUACUACAGUCUAUGGAAAAGUGGGAGGAGAAGCUGUCCUAACACCACCUGAUGGUUCUGUGUCUGGCCCCAUCACACAAAUCUCAUGGAAAGAAGGUUCUAACAAAGCCAUGGAGUGGGAGACAGGUGAAAUGAAUGCAACAGGCUAUCGUCAGUUUGAUGAUCGUGGCCACCUGGACACUUCCACUGGUGUGAUGACGAUCAGCGGACUGUUAUAUGAGGACAGCAACAGCUACACACCCGAGAUCAACAACAGGCGACUCUCUUCAGUUCGCCUCGUCGUCCUCUCUCCCGUCCCUGCACCCACUGUUAGCAAAUCCUGUAAUGAGAGCCAAUGUGAGUUGACCUGUGAAGGAAACACAACCAGAGCCACUCCAGUCAACUACACGUGGAAUUUAAAUGAUACUGGGAUGCAUGUUUCAUCUGGGAGACAAUAUACUGUUCAUAAGUCCCAGAUAAACAGUUUAAGCAUUAAGUUAAGCUGUGGAAUAAAAAACCCAAUCAGCGAGAAGAGAAGUGAACUGAUCACCAUCUCUUCAGACUCAUUCUCUUUGACAUCUUCAUCUGAAGGAGGUCCAAACAUUUCCAUGGGAGUUAUAGUGCUCAUCGUGCUGCUGGGUUUCGUCAUAUUGCUGGUUGCCUUUCAUAAAUGGAAAACAGGAACGUGGUUUUUUGAAAAAGAGUCCAUGCCGUGGGAAGGAGAUUUCUGGAGGAGGGAUGAACAUCAGAGACAAGCUCAUGCGGCUAACGGCACCACUGCUCAAAAACAAAAUGAAAACCCUGAAGAGGAGACGCCAAUGACAAACCGCCAAACCACACAGCAGUAAAACAAGUUUUACUUGUUUGUUUGUUUUUUAUCUUUCUAGAGACUUAAGAAAAUGAAUCAUGUAAUAUUUUGAAGUUAUUUCCAUCAGAAGAAGAAUACAAUUUUGUUCACGACUCUACUUUGUUCUUCGUGUACCCUGCAUUGUUACUGUGAACACAUUUAAAGCGGAGAGGAAAUACUACAUGUAUAAAGGCUGAUUUACAGCAUCGAGUCCUACUCUUAAAAAACUGACUAUGAAGCUGGAUUUAUUAAUAAUACUACUACUAAUAAUAAUAAUAAUAAUAUGUGUCUAAAGUUAAAGUUUUUAGUGCCAGUACGGAAAGUGAUGUUAUGUGGUUGGUUGGUUGGUGCUAAUAGACUUAAAUUAGUUUAUGUUGCUUCUGACAGCUGCAGUGAGUUUUAUGUUAAAGUACCAAGGAUAUAUUGUCCCCUUUCACGCUCUGUCUCUUAAGCACUAAGUGGUCGUUCAUUAUUGACUAGCUGCACUGAAAUAUGGGAAUCCACCUGUUAGCCAUAUUGUUAGGGUUUGUAGAGCACUUUAUAAAUGAGCAGAGCUUGGUCGAGUUAGGUGGACUAGUGAUUUACAA